AGCUUAUAGACGGCCACACUGCCCUCGAAUGUAAUGACAUAACCUCGUUUGGUUUUAUUCCCAAAUAAAUUUUAUUUAUCCGAAAACGUAAGUGGCAACUUGCGUUGCAGCUGGCAAAAUGUUGAAACUGAAGCGUGUAAACCAGUUGCGAGCGACGUACAAGCGCUGUUUGGCCGGACAGUCGCUGCAAUUGAGUCCCGCGGACAACGAGCCGGCUUAUCCGGAGAUUCAGGACCCGUCCUUUAGGGCUCGAAAGCAAAGAGAUGCUGCUGAUUGGCACGAAGAAAUCCGACAAGUGCCAACGGUUGAGGAAAAACUUAUCAAGAUAAAUAUGCCCCGCUAUUACGGCUUCAAAGUGGUUGAUUUCAACGACUCGAAAAUUCCCUACAAUGCACUGCCGCUCACGCAACACUAUACGCGAACCAUUCUGGAGGAUCUGCCAGCUUCAUCGGAGAAGGUCGAGCAGGGUGAUAAAACUGAGGAAGAUCCACUUUUUAAGGCGGCCCGUGAAGAUGUCAUCGAAGCCCUCGAGUUUGCACACGAUUACUACAGGCAUCUGGAGAAGCUGCCCAACUCUGGCAAACCCAGUGCUGUUGAGAGUGAGCGGAUCCUGACGCAGAUCAUUGUCGAGCAGCUAAACAGAGCUCUGCUGCAGGUCCUCAGCGAGGAAAACAAGCACCUGAAUGAAGUUGAGGUUGACUACAAUUCACGCCACGAAGCCUUUUGGGCGGUUGGCGGCGUAGAUCCUCCCAAGAACGUCCAAAAAUCAAAGAAGGGUCGAGAAUGGCAAAAGGACCAGGCAAACGACAGUGUGGAUCGGUUGGUUCAAUACACGGGAUCACCUUAUCUUUCCCUGCGCCAUCGAAAGCAAUUAACGCCAUGGAAAACGCCAGCAGAAAGCGAAAGCAUUGAGUUGAGCAAACAGUUGCCAAUCUUCAAGCACGAUCCUCGAACCCUCGGCUAUACCACCAAGCAUCAGCAUGCUACCAAUGUGCCUGGCUAUUGGCCAAAGGGAAACGAGCACAACUUUGGAUUGAUCUCGUUCCAGUCCCGGGCUCACCUUCAACUUCGACCGGCGUCGUUUGGAGACCGCGAUCAACAGGAGGCUCUUCAUUCUCUGGCGAUAAAAUCAUCAUACGCUUGGCUUUUGGCCCAGGCGAACUACAAUGGCUUCAACACCUACAACGAACUCACCUAUCCCAUGAACACUCAAACUGUGAUCACAAAUGGUAGGGAAUGGAGCUUUUACGAGUAUCAAUUGAAUACACUGCUGUUGCACGGCAAACACCAGGAAGAAAAUCCACGGGUAAACUUCUGUCGCGGUACUAAGCCUCUUCCGCUUUACGCAGAGAUUUCGGCGAAUGGCAAGUGCGUUGACUUUAACGAUGCUGCACUGCGCCAGCUGCUUAAAUUCUACGUUAAUGUUCCGUCAAUUCAACGGAGUAUAGCGGAGCAACAACCGUACGUAGCGUCCGACAUCUCCGCCUAUGAGAACGCCGAACAACGUGACUUUAUUAGUAAAACCUUUAAAUAUUUGGCAUCGAACCGGCCGCGACACUUGGAGUUACCUGAAAUCUACCUGUGGGAGAAGCUAUACAAGAUUGAUAAUAACACUCGCGCUAUGGAGGCGAAAAGACGAUUCUUUGAGCUGGAUAUCAAUCCCUGGCGACGAACGCUCGAUAAACACGACAAGGAAUAUGUGCCAAAGGCAAUCCGACCGGGUGUGUAUAAGAAUCGAGAAAACAGAUACAAAAGAACGUACUAUCCUUAAGUAAAUUAAUAAAACUAUACGAUCCUGUAGUUAAACUUGUUAAA